CCCAGGGAUUCCGGGAAACGUAGUUCAACGGCGUCCCGCGGCUUGCUGCGCAGGCUCAGUGCUAGGUUUCUGUCCCGUUCUAAGUGCAGAUUGUUGUCUCCGCGCCGGUUUGUGAGGAGUUCCCGCCCAGGGUCUGGCGCUGGGGAGGAGGGUUUAAUCCCGGUCUGUAACCCGGGGCGUGCAGCAGCGUCAGGGGGUCGGUGUCCAGGGUGGUGGUGGGUCAGUGAGGGGACAGCGCCCCCGGGCUUGUGAGGGACUGUCCCAGGGACAGGGUCAAUCGUAGCCGUCGCGCCGGCAGAUCCUGCACACAGCACUCUGCCCACUACCAAGCAGUGGUCAUGUCUGCCGCCGGCAGCGUCCCUCAAGAUGUGGACUCUGAUGACUGCCUACUGAACUACUACUACAUUUUUAGCCCUGAUAUCCUAAAGAACAAAGUUGCCUUCAUCACAGGAGGAGGAUCGGGCAUCGGAUUCCGAAUCGCAGAGAUCCUGAUGAGACAUGGAUGUCAGACUGUAAUUGCCAGCAGGAGCUUGGAGCGAGUGCAGGCAUCUGCUGCAAAGCUUCGUGCAGCCACUGGGCAGCGCUGUCUCCCAGCGUCAGCGGACGUCAGGAGGCCGGAGACCAUCGUUGCUGCCGUGGACGCAGCGCUGCAGGAGUUUGGCAAAGUCGACAUCCUCAUCAACAGUGCUGCAGGGAACUUCCUCUGUCCGGCCAGUGGACUAUCAUUCAAUGCUUUCAAAACCGUCCUGGAGAUCGACACCAUGGGAACCUUCAACACCAGCAAAAUCUUGUACCAGAAGUGGUUGAAGGACCACGGCGGCGUUAUUGUGAACAUCACGGCUACACUGAGCUACAGGGGGCAGAUCCUACAGGUCCACGCUGGCUCUGCCAAGGCUGCUAUAGAUGCAAUGACAAAGCACCUAGCGGUGGAAUGGGGACCUGACAACAUCCGCGUAAACAGUCUGGCACCCGGCCCUGUUUCUGGCACUGAAGGUUUUCGAAAAUUGGGUGGUUUGGCAAGGGCUGCAGCAGAUCACUAUAAACUGAUUCCGCUGCAGAGAGUGGGGACAAAGACGGAAAUAGCCCACGGCGUGCUGUACCUUGUGAGCCCGGCUGCAUCGUACGUGACUGGCACAUCGCUCGUGAUCGACGGUGGGCAUUGGCUUAGCGGAGCCAACAACAUGUCGGUCAUGCUGGGGCUCCUGCAAACGUCAGCCAAGCUGUGAACCCAAAGGUGAAACACCAAUGUGUUUCCAUGUUCUGAUACCAUCUCAAAUGCAUCACAGUGCUAAGCAAGGCACGUGCACACACCCACUCACCGAGAGCAGUCGAUGUAGCCCAGUCCACCAUAUAAACCAGGCGGGCCCCCGAUCCCCCAUCGACCAUCUAUGCUUCCUGCUACCUCGGGAAAGCAGCCGACGUAAUUAAGGAUCACUUGCACCCGAGUCAUUCCCUCUUGUUCCCUCUCCCGUCGGGCAGAAGAUAUAAAGCCCUUGAAAGCAUGUACCACCAGAUUCAAGAACCGCUUCUUCCCCUACUAAUCAGAACUUUCGUAAGCUAUGGGUGUCAUCCUGAUCUCCCAAUCUACCUUAUUACAGCCCUUGCACUUUUUUGUAAUUUCACUUUCUCUGUAGCCAUGACACUAUUAUGCACUCUUCUCUGUUUAUCGCAAACUACCUGUUGUACUUGUGUAUGGUUUGAUUGUACUCAUGUGUGGUAUGAUUUUCCUGGAUAGUACACAGAAAGCUUUUCACUGUAUCUGAUAACACCUGACAAUAAUAAACCAAUAGUAAUAUCAAUGCCACCCUGAUGCAGAGCUGUCACCCUUUGCUCUCGAGCAACCGGUUACUGGUCCUGAAGCCUCGUGCCAUUUGUUCUACCUUCGGAAAUGUUUCACCAGGUAUCAGCUGAUCAUCAGCCGGUAAACAAUUGGGAGUCCCUGCAACAACCUCGUGUGUCAGCAUGUUGGAGCAUCCUGUGCCAAUCAGUGCUAACUCUGGCCAACCGUCUAUAAAACAAUUCUCCAACUGCAA